AGAAUAAUUGUUAAUGUGCUGUACCUAUUGUGGUUCUGUCAUUUAACGCUUUGUUUUGCUUUAUGUAUGAUCUAUUAGUUAAAGCUAUUUUACGAAUAUUUUUUAAAGUUUUAAUUGAAAAUGAGUGAUAAUGAGUGUGACAAUAACGACGGGCCACCUACGCCGAAAAAAAAAGGUAAAAAGUAAACACAUAAAACAAAAGUACAGAAAGCAGUGGGAAAGUGAUGAAACGUUUAAGAAUUGGAUUGUCCCUGUCAGUGAUGACCCCUACAAGGCAAAAUGUACAGUGUGUGAUGUCAAACUUUCUUGCGAAAUUUCAACUUUAAAACGUCAUGUUUUAAACACUCAACACGUAAGAAGAGCAUCAGCGAGCUCUUCUGCAAAAGACGUUAGCACUUAUUUUCAGAAUCGACAAACCGAUCAAAAUAGGAAAGUAAUGGAAGCCGAAAUAAAACUUAGUGCAUUCGUCGCAGAGCACAACAUAUCAUUUAUGGCUAUGGAUCAUUUAUCAGAGUUGCUAAAAUCGUGUUUUCCAGACUCCAGAAUUGCUUCCGAGAUUGCCAUAAAACGAAAAAAAUGCACAUCUACGGUAAAAAAUGUUGUUGGUGAUUUCCAAAAAGAUUAUUUGGACAACAUUAUUAAAAAUAAUAAAUUCAGCGUACUGGUAGAUGAAUCAACGGAUAUUUCAGCCACAAAAACAAUGUGCAUUAUUAUCCGUUAUUUUGAUGACCAGCAAAAAAAGGUCAUGUCUUCACUAUGGGAACUGGCACCUUUAUUUGAGGCAGGCGAUUUUACGAUGGCAGCAGAGGGAGCUACAGCAGAAGCCAUGUAUGAUCUCAUUAUAAAGAAAUUUAGUGAUAGAGGGAUCCCAUUAGAAAAUAUUAUAGGAUUCGCGUCAGACGGCUGCAACGUUAUGAUGGGAUCACAAAAUUCAGUAGCUAGCCGUUUGCGAGAAAAUCUGCCAGGUAUAUUUAUUUUUAAAUGUAUAUGCCAUUCUAUGCAUUUGUGUGCCAGUGAGGCAUGCAAAAAAUUACCAAGACGUUGCGAAGAUUUGGCGCGAAACAUUUACGGUUUUUUCAAACUGAGUUCCAAACGCCAAGCCCAAUAUUUGGAAUUUCAAGUUUUUACUAACUCAAAAAUCCACAAGAUUUUACAUCCAUCGCAAACUCGGUGGCUUUCCCUGCUAUCAGUUGUGAACAGGUUGCUUGAACAGUGGAACAGCCUUAAAUUGUUUUUCACGCAGAAAUGGCUCGAAGAAAAAACUGUAGCUGCAGAAUUAAUUUACCGUGAGCUGCAUGACGAUUUUAUUAAGCUUUACUUAUUAUUUCUGCAGUGGAUAUUACCAAAAUUUAUUAAACUCAACGAGUACUUUCAAAGCGCAGACUCAAAAUUGGUAGAACUGGAUGAACACAUAAGAUUAAUGUACAAAGAAUUAUUAAUGUGUUAUAUGCAAAGGGAUUAUGUUCAACAAAAUGUGAUCAGCUCAAUUGCCCCAGAAGAUACGCGAUAUUUUCUCCCAGAAAUGUAUUUGGGGGUAAAAAUUAUGAUAGAAACGCAAAAACCAGAUAUAUCAACAAAAAAAGAAGAAUUAAAAGAGUUUUACUCUCGCUGCAGAGAUUUCCUCAUCACAGGCUGCAAAGAAAUUAAAAAAAGAUACGACUUCUCUGACGAUUUACUUCAACUUUUAAAAUAUUUAUCACCUGAAGAAGCAGCUAGUAAUCAAACAAGAAAUGUUUGUCCAUCCAUUUUACCGCUUAUGCAAAAAUUGCCACGAAUCGUCAAUAAUGCCGACGAUUUCCAAAAAAUUGAUGAUGAAUGGAGAAUACUACCAGUGGUAAACAAAUUACCAUUAUAUGAAAUUAGCUCACAGAAAACCGAUGAGUUUUGGAUUAAAAUCCGUGAUGGAACAGAACUAAAAACAUUAGCAUCUUUUGCUCUAAAUGUUUUAUGUCUGCCAUACUCGAACGCAGACUGCGAACGUAUCUUCAGUGAAGUAAAUAAUAUGAAAACGAGACUUCGAAAUAAAUUAAUAACUUCAACUAUUAAUGGAACUCUUCUAGCCAGACAAGCAAUCCGUAAUCACGGUAAUUGUACAAAUUUUCAAGUGCCAAGCGAAAUGAUUCGUAAAAUGAAAGAUAAAAAAAAGGAUGACCUAAAUGCGACAGAAUCAGAAGUACUGGAAACUAUUCAAAACCUAUAUGGUGAAGAAUAAAAUUAGUCCAACUGUAUUACACACUUAUUUAUUACGGAAACAACAUUUCAUGUUUUUUUUUUAAAUUUAACCUUCUAAAUAAAUAUUUG